CUUCGGUUCGGUUCGGUGCGGCCGUGCGGUGCGUACUCCGCGUACUCGAGCGAGGGCCAGCGCAGCGCGCCGGUGGCAGCGUUAAAACGCUCGCGUUGCCGUCGUCGUCGCCGUCGCCGUCGCCGUCGCCGUCGCCGACGACGAGUUUGGGAUUGGACUCUUGAUCGUGACUUUUCGGUACGUCGACCUUGUAAAACGCCCGCGAUAACAAGGGAAGUGCGAAAGGGAAAGUACGUGGCGAGAUACAUCGCGAUAUAUCGUGCGUACGUAAAGUAACUAACAAUAAAGUGCGUGCGUGCGUGCGCUGCGCUGCAUCGCGCCGCGCGAGCUCGGUAAAUUCGCAUUCGGCUGAAAGAAGGAGGGAGUCAGCGACUGAAUAGGUUCACGGCGGUAAAGGGGAGAGCGAGAGCGAGAGAAGAAACGAGUAGGAAGAGAAAGAGACGCAACGAUCUUGUGGCGCGUUCGGGACGAAGCGCAACAUCGCAUCGGCAGUUUGUAGAGAGAAAGAGCGAGAGAGGAGACGGCCGAGAAGUUUGGAGCGGACGGACGGACGGACGGACAGACGGACGGAGACGAGACGUGACGGUGACGGUGACGUUACGUUGCGUUGCAUUACGUUGAGAACGCGUCGCGGUGACCCGCCACCGUUGCCGCUCGUUCGCGCGUCGUCGUCGUCGUUCGUCGGACUGUCGGAGACAUCGGAGUCGUGACUCGCGCAGCCCGCGGCUUCGACUCUCGAGAGGAGCGUUUGCCAGUUCGCAACUCGCCCCGCGUCCCCGUAUGCUCCCUCCUCCCCAACGCAUCGGGGACAAUACACACGGAUCGGGGUUGUCGCCGCCAGGGUUGUUACCGAGGCCGGAGCAUUUUGACGUGCUGAACCACCUGCCAGAAAACAUGGAAAUAUCCAAGAGCUUGCAAGAGGAGAUCUUUGCUGUGCAACAGAAAUUGCAGAAAGCGAUAUUCGAGCAUCAGAUGUACGUGGAAAAGUUGAAGGAUGACCCAAAUAAUUCAGACAUUCUCGGGCAAAUAAAAAAGAUUCAGGUACACAUCGUCUCUCUGGGAAGAUGCCAGAAGCAGAUCGUGCAGCGGCUGCGCAAAGAGGUGGACGCGUUCAAGGCAGACAACGCGAACGGAUCGAAAGUUUCCGUACCAUUUCUCCUCGGACUGAACAACAACAAUCACAUUACGAACAAUAAUGAAACGAAGCAUGAAGCGACCGCUAAUGGUUUUGGGACGAAACCUUCGAAGGAGAACUAUGAAAAAGUUGUUAGAAAUGGCGAUGUUCAUCAUUCGCACUCACGAGAUAACGAUUGUGCGAAAUUACGUCCCAACUCGGUGGAAACUGUUUCUGGCGAGGACGACGUCGUUGAGGUGCUGUUGGACGAAAAUUCUGAUAUCACGCAAGAAAAUGUGCAAAAGAAGGAGAUACAAAUCAAGGAGGUGCAAAUGAAGGACGCGCAAAAGAAAGAAAUACAACAGGAGAAGGUGCAAAAGGAGGUACAAAUGAAGGAGGAGCAAAUGAAAGAGGUGCAAAUGAAGGAAGUGCAUAUGAAGGAGGUGCAACAGGAGGAAAUGCAAAAGGAAGUGCAAAAAGAGGAGGUGCAAAAGAAGGAAGUGCGAAAGGAAGAAAUACAAAAGGAGGAAAUGCAAAAGAUGGAGGUACAAAAGGAGGAAGUGCAAAUGAAGGAGGUGCAAACAAAGGAGGUACUAAUGAAGGAGGUGCAAAAGGAAGAGGUGCAAAAGGAAGAGGUGCAAAAGAAGGAAAUGCAAAAGGAACACACUGAAUUCACACAUUCGGCCGAAAAGUGUUACUACUUAAAUUGCCUCGGGCUUAUUACCAAAUCCAAAUUCAUCGAGCUGCAAAAUAGGAGAGUGGAAAGAAAACGUCGUAGCACGGCGAAUCCGCAUUUUGUAUACUCUAUGCUCGAGCAACCAUCCAAACGAAGGAGGUAUUCCUAUUUAUCUGGAAAUCCACCUCACACCCGGCAGACGACUGCACGUAUGAACGAUCCGUCGUCACCACUUAACAAAACUCAGCCAACCAAACCUACCUCGCCACCGGCACAAACGAAGCCGUUGGUCCCAGUCCAAAAAUCUACUACCAGGCCAAAUAUCCUCAGAAACGCGGAGAGCAAAGUCUUCGUGAAUAAAAGUAAAGUAGAAGACGAUCAAACGCGAUUGUCCGUAUCUAGUGCCAAAUCUGUUCAGUCGGUAGGUAGCAAGGCUGUUCACAUACCCGGAUUACCGUCUAGCUUGACCAUCGAAAGGAUAGGGAGUGACUCUAUCGUGUGCAUCUGUUGUGAAAAUCCAGGUUCAUUAACGACAUGCAAGAAUUGCUCAAGUAACUAUCACGUUUCGUGUCAUACUCGACCAGCGCCUCCAUCUAGGACCUGUCCAAAAUGUGUUUCAGCAAUAAAGGAGGAAGAAAACAUCGAAAAGGAUGAAGAAGAGGAGGAACAACUGGAAGGCGAGAACAGAUUUCAUUACAAAAAGGACGAAAAAUUCGCUACAACAGCGAAUGCAUCAGGAUUUAUUGGGCAAACAAGAGAAGACUCAGAAAUCUAUAAAGCGUCUGGUGGACUUUAUAAAGUUGAUGCAACUCAGAACAAACACGUCCUCCCCACUGUCUUCGGCGUCAACCAGCUGCCUGCCUCAACCUUCCUCAUCCCAAUCACCACCAACAAUAUCUCCGCCACAAACGUCAACCAAUCAGAAGACAACAAAUUCUUUGAUACUGAAUACCGAGUACAAGACACCACACAUCGUAACCAUCACGUCAUCAGUCAUCACUCACGACCAAGCAUCACCUACGUCCAAGAAGACCAGGUGUCCCACUCCUACCAAUUGCCUAGUACCAUCCAGCCAGAAAAGCAUCAAUCAUACCUCAUCGUCAAGAAAAUCGCCGAGUCGACUGGAAGGUCCAAUCAGUCUCCUGGCAGUGAAACCGAAGACCAAAAUCACUCCGCAGUUUUCAACUACCAAUUGCCGACCAGUUGCAGCACUACCAUUCAGAGCGCUGUGCUCCAACCCGUCGUCACCCAUUCCUUGUUCUACGAUCGUGACAACAAUAAGAAACAAACCAAUCGUGCAAUCCCACUCCAUGUCACCAUAUCAAAAUUGUCAAAUUCUCUUCACUCCAUCUCAAACGACCAUCAGCUGGACCGAGCAACCCUCAAUGGUAGGAAGCCCUGGGCCAAACUUACACGCGGCAAACUCUGUGUUAAUCAGUCAGCCAGAUCAGCCACAGAAAUCCUACUGUCUUCUUACGGCGACCCCGAGAUUAAUAUCACCGAGCAGCAACGGCCAAGAUCAACUGGAUCUGCGGAGAAAGCUACAGCAACGGCGAAUCUCGGUCGUGAGAAGUACCGAUCAAGAAAUUUCAUCCACUCACUGUUCCCAGGCCAUAAUAAGUCCCAUACCGUCACCAGUCGUGCACGUGAGUCACGAAGCCCAAACGACCGAGACUGUCCGCUCCUGCGACAGCAGCUCUGCCGUGAAGAACAUGAAUUGGAGCUACACGAGCAAUCAAACAGCAAGCCAGCAGCAGUCCAGCUCCAGCGGCGCGCUCUCACACGAUUCUUCGAGCACGUGAAAUUGGAAGAAGCGCAUAUAUCAGCGCCAUUUAGAACAAAGCUAGCACACAAGAAUGAGAUCAGUGAUAAUGACGACGACGAAAUUGCCCGAGAGGACAGUCCGUUCGACGAACAGUACGAUAACGAUGGUGCCGUUACUGAAGCUCCACUAUUGACGUCAUGCGACGUUUUGGAUGAGGAUCGUUUGAUCAUUCCCGUUCCUUGGCUAGCCGCUGACUCAAAAAACGCCUGUGAUGACAUCGUCGCGAAUAAGGUACCCGUUCGUCGUCUUUCGGACGCAGCCUUGACGCAAUCUAACGAUUAUGCCGACUACGAACUCGUUCGUAUUAACUCGCGAUCGUCGGUAAUACGACAUUCGGCGAAACCCGAAGACGAUCGAUCAACAAUAGCGGCACUGCGCAUUGCACAAAGUAAUCUUUCGGAGCUUUGUAACGAGGUCUCAGUUCCUGACGAUAAGGCUGACACCGAGAGACAAGACUUAUCCAGUGGUAGGCAAUUGAGAAGCAGAAGUAAUAGCAGCAGUAGCAGCAGCAGCAGUAAUAGCAGCAGCAGCAACAACAGCAAUAGCAGCAGCAGUGGUCAUAGCGACACCCCAGAGCAAGCGAUGAACGUGAAUGAUCUCUCGGACGAUUUUAACAUUCUGGCUCAGAUGGGCUUCGUUUCUCCGGGGGGAAAGGACGAGGAGCUAGUCGGCGAUGAGUCGGCGACGGAGAGUGAGACUGAUGCCGCCACUGAUUAGACAUAGUUAGGAUAAUUAUAUUGACGUUAGGGCUCCUGGUUCUAUGUUGAAGUUUGAGCAUGAUUCAAUAGCGAGAACCAAGCGAAAUUUUUUCUUGCACUAUAUGAAGUUUAUUAAUUCCUUCAUCUAUCAUCACUCAUAUCAAUAAUAUAAAUUAGCACACAUAUAUUCUAAGAACUUUUUGUUCUACACCUUCAGCGAAAAUUAAUUUUUUUCGACAAUUGA